AUGUAUCCAAUUUUGGAAAAUCAAAUGAACUGUCACGAAAUCAAAAUGGAUUCUAUCCAACGUAACGGAGUCGACGUCGACAGAGACCAGCAAGUACCUACGAUCAAGAAAGUGAAAGUUCCCGUUAUUGGAGGUGAGAAUAGAGCUUUGAACUGCACCAACUGCAAAGUGACGUGUCAUUACCCUGGCAAUUCAAACAUUUCGACCGCCGAGUCUUCUUCCUGCUUAGCCUUUGAGAUGGAAGACAUGGACGACGUUGGGGCAGCACUUGAAUCCGAUUUCGUAUCCGUAAGUUGGGCGUGCAAGGUUUGCCCCGGCCAUUGCCUUGGCCGAGUCCACCAAUACGAGGAUUUCAAAUGGGACCACGUCCAAGAGGAACAGCCACGAAUCCUGCACGACAUGUGUGAAAACUCUGUAGACUCGAUGGAUCAGAAUAACGAGGAAGGAAUAAUGAAGUGCUGGAAAAAGGACAUGGAACAGUUGAUGUUUAAGCAUGAAAAGGCAAUGGAAGAGAUCAACCAACGUCUUCUGCUGGAGAUGAAAGCGCUGGCUCCUGAUCCGCCCACCACUUGGCCCGAAAACGUCCAGGAGAUGAUGACAUCAACUGAGGAGGACAACAAGAAACCUGUUGGUGAAGAUGAGAAAAUUGUCAAGAGUUUGUGCGACACUACCAUGGAAAACAGCAAAUCGACAGAGCAAAUCUCGAGUAUUGAACCAUUGGAAUGCAAGCUCGAAUUUGGAAGCGUGAUAUCCUCGGGGUUUUACCGUGCACUUUUCCGUGGUUCCUUCAAUGGGGAAAAAGUUGCCAUCAAACGAGUUCGAGCUGACAGAACCAAAUUCCAGAGUAAGGAAAACAAAAUUCUUGGUCAAUUCAAUCAUCCCAACGUCAUCAAACUUUUUCAAGUGACGCAGGAUGUCAAUUAUCGAUUUUCUGUUCUUGAACUGGCCGCUGGUACCGUCGAUGACUUUUGCACCCGCAUUUACGAUGGGAAAAUGCCCAGUGAUGCCGAAGCCCUGAAGCAGAUGGCCGCAGGUUUGCUAUACAUUCACGGCAAGGGAUUCGCCCACCUGAACAUCAACCCUUACAGCGUUUUCAUUUCAACAUCCGAGCCUGUUCGGUUGAUGAUCGCCCAAUUCAGCUCCUAUGUGGCUACGACUGACACGGGAACAUUUGCGAUUGGAUGUUACUUUAAAGGAAGCGCUGACGUGUGGAUGGCACCAGAAAUUUUUGAAUUUUUCUAUUAUUACGACGGUUAUGGCGACGAACAGCCAGUCGACUCCUUUAGCAUUGCGUCCGAUAUUUGGUCACUUGGAUGCCUCUUCUUCUAUUUUCUAACGAGAGGAGUUCAUCCUUAUGGGGAUGACAAUGAUAUUAUUCCAUGGAAAAUUCUUAUGAAAAAAAACCCUGUCAAGCUUGAAGAAGCCAUGCAGGCAUCGAACCAAGAGACGAGUCCAGUUUACGAGUUGAUUCGUGACAUGAUAGUGACGGAACCGGGAAAACGAAUUUCACUGGGAAAUGUCGUUAAGAGACUAGAGACUUUAUUCCCCGCAUCUGUAACGGCUUAAUUUUCCUACGGACGCUCAAUAAUGGGAACUGUCUACAGCAAUGCAGAUAUAAAAAGGGAAAAAUUUUUAAAUUAAAAAUAUUUAAAAAAAAUAACGAAAAUAUGGUUCGCAAGAGCUGGGUGAAAUAAUCUAAUACAAAUACAAAAUGUAUAAAUAAUGAAACAGCAAUUACAGCUCUAAAUUUUGGAUAUGGAUACUCUAGGGUCUACG